AUGGAGGUUUUGACGGACGCGUCCUUCUCAAGCAGAGCGAUGGGCAGCGCGCUCCCGAUGCCAUCAGGGCACACCGGCGGAAGGGUCGCGUCGUUUCUAUGGGCUCACGGCGUGGCGGCUUCAGAUAAACUUCUGGUCUUUACUGUAGCAACUAAAGAAACCGAUGGCUUUCACCGCUUCAUGCAAACUGCCAAGCAUUUCAACUACACAGUGAAGGUUCUUGGAAAAGGUGAAGAGUGGAAAGGUGGUGAGCUGCCCAACUCCAUUGGCGGAGGGCAGAAGGUUCGGCUGCUGAAGGAGGGCAUUGAAAGCUAUGCUGAUCAAGAGGACCUGGUUGUACUGUUUGUGGAAUGCUUUGAUGUUAUCUUUGCUGGGGGCCCUGAAGAGCUGCUAAAGAAAUUUCAGGAAACGAAUCACAAGGUGGUGUUUGCAGCAGAUGGACUGAUUUGGCCAGAUAAAAGGCUGGCUGACAAAUAUCCUGUUGUCCGGAGUGGGAAACGAUUCCUGAACUCAGGAGGAUUUAUUGGUUAUGCUCCAUCCAUAAAUCAUAUUGUGCAGCAAUGGAAUCUGCAGGAUAAUGAUGAUGACCAGCUGUUUUACACCAAAAUCUAUGUUGACCCAUUGGCAAGGGAGCGCAUUAACAUCACUUUGGACCACAAAUGUGCAAUUUUCCAGACCCUAAAUGGAGCUGUUGAUGAAGUCCUUUUGAAAUUUGAAGAAGGAAAAGUAAGAGCAAGGAAUUCAGUGUAUGACACCCUACCAGUCACCAUUCACGGAAAUGGUCCAACUAAAAUUCACCUGAAUUAUUUGGGAAACUAUAUUCCCAACGCUUGGACCCGGGAAACUGGCUGCACUGUCUGUGAUCUGGACCUACUGGACCUGUCAGCAGUCCAGGAAUAUCCAAGAGUAAAAAUUGGUGUUUUCAUUGAACAACCCACUCCUUUCCUAACUAAAUUUUUAGACAGACUGUUGACUCUGGACUACCCACGGGAGGCACUCAGUAUCUUCGUUCAUAAUAAUGAGGUUUACCAUGAAAAGCACAUCAAGAAAUUCUGGGAAAAAGCCAAGAACGUUAUCAGAAGUAUUAAAAUUGUUGGACCUGAGGAAAACCUGAGUCAAGCAGAAGCCAGGAACAUGGGAAUGGACCUUUGUCGCCAGGAUAAAACGUGUGAAUAUUACUUAAGCAUAGAUGCAGAUGUUGUCCUGACAAACCCAAAAACUUUAAGAAUACUGAUAGAACAGAACAGGAAGAUAAUUGCUCCACUAGUAACUCGCCACGGGAAGCUUUGGUCCAAUUUCUGGGGUGCUCUGAGCCCUGAUGGUUACUAUGCUCGAUCAGAAGAUUAUGUGGACAUUGUCCAAGGGAACAGAGUAGGAGUAUGGAAUAUCCCUUACAUGGCUAAUAUAUACUUGAUUAAGGGACAGACUCUGAGGUCUGAGAUGAAAGAAAAGAACUAUUUCAUGCGUGAUAAGCUGGAUCCUGAUAUGGCACUCUGCAGGAAUGCCAGGGAGAUGACUUUACAAAGGGAAAAAGACUCCCCUUCUUCGGAAACAUUCCAUAUGCUCAGAGCCCCAAAGGGUGUUUUCAUGUACAUUACCAACAGACAUGAAUUUGGAAGACUUCUUUCUACAGCCAACUACAAUACUUCCCACUACAACAAUGACCUCUGGCAGAUCUUUGAGAAUCCUGUGGAUUGGAAGGAAACUUACAUAAAUCCAAACUACUCAAAGAUCUUCACUGAUAACAUAGUAGAACAGCCCUGUCCAGAUGUGUUUUGGUUUCCCAUAUUUUCCGACACUGCCUGUGAUGAAUUAGUAGAAGAAAUGGAACAUUUUGGGCAAUGGUCUGGUGGAAAACACCAAGACAGCCGCAUUUCUGGAGGUUAUGAAAAUGUCCCAACCGAUGACAUUCACAUGAAGCAAAUAGGACUGGAUAAUGAAUGGCUGCAUUUCAUACGAGAGUUCAUUGCCCCAGUCACACUAAAAGUCUUUGCUGGCUACUAUACCAAGGGCUAUGCUCUGCUGAACUUUGUUGUGAAAUACAGCCCUGACAGACAGCGGUCGCUGAGACCUCACCACGACUCCUCCACGUUCACCAUCAACAUCGCCCUCAACAAAGUAGGAGAAGACUUCCAGGGAGGUGGAUGUAAAUUCCUUAGGUACAACUGCUCCAUUGAGUCCCCCAGGAAAGGAUGGAGCUUCAUGCACCCAGGAAGACUUACACAUUUACACGAAGGACUUCCAAUCUUGAAUGGCACAAGAUACAUUGCAGUAUCGUUUAUUGAUCCUUAAUUUUAUUUUUCUUUGUCCUCUUCAACAGCAGUGUUCUUUACAUAAACAUUUAUUUAUAGAUCUCUUCUGGAAGAUGGUGAUAAAAGAAACUAAGUUACUGUUACUACACAGCAGAGGUACUUUGGGCUAAAAGGAGGAAAACCAGAAAAUGUUCUAAUCUUGUUGGAGAUUUCUUGAUAUCUGCUCUGAGCCUUGAGUCCCAAAGUAAACAUGUCCUGCUUGUUUUUCCAUUCUGCUGUCCUAAAGAGUGGGUAAGGAGAGAAAAUGGAAAAGCACAGUGAACCCAUUUCUUCGUUGAAAAAAGCCCAAACCCCAAGGAAUGCUAAAUACAAAAUCAUCGGAAAAAUUGAUCGUGGUUUUCAGUCAGUUAAGUGACACAGCUAAAGUUUGGUGGUCUAUAUAUUUGGUGCCAACCAAAGAAAGGAAAAUCACAGCAUAAAAACAAAAUCAAAUGAAUCUUGUUUACAGUUGUUUCUGGUAAGCAAUAAUUCCAUAUGCUGGUUUAUACCGAAGGGAAAACGUCUCUGUAUUCGUUGUCAAUAGUGAAAUUACACCCUUAGAAGAAAAAAUAAAUUAAUUGCAGAGAUGGAACAAGGAUUAAAUCCUUUAUCUAAGGAGGAAAUGUUUUAUCAUUUGUUCUGAGAACUUAUCCUAUUGAAAGCUUACUUUUCUUCAGCAAGUGACCUUUGUUUAAAGUGAGUUAUUUUUCUAAAUGUGUAGUUGCACCCAAUGGAUACUGGAAAUUUGAUGCUUAUUUUCAGAACGCUGGUAAAUUUUAAUAGGAUGUUUUAUAGGGACAGUUUUCUACUCUUAAAAUUACUUGAAUUUUGUAUCAGGAAAAUGAAAUGGUGGCAGUCUCUUUUAAAGCUAAGGGUCUUAACUUGACAUUUAUUUUGAAGAAAUUGGUUUAAAAUAUUCCUACUGUAUCUACUGUUUGUAAUUUAAAGAAACUUGAAGCUGACUGUCUCAAAGUCUACCGUGCCAAAAUGCACGACAUGUUGGAAAACCUUGAGAAAAAUAAAGAGUAAUUUUAAAUUAA